GGGCCCUGACCCCCAGGUCCCAUGCAGGUGGGCUGCAGGCGGGCACGCAGGCUCGCUGCUUUCCGCUGUGCCCCUUGGCUGUUUGAAGAUUGGCAGGAGAAUUUAAACUUUAUUUAUGAAGUCUUCCUCUGAGAAUGGCAAGCCUACUUCUUUCUUCUUCAUAAUUGGGGUGGACUUAGGACUUUUAUGGAAACCAGGCGAUCUUCAGCCUGGUGGGCUUGUCUCUCACGCCAGGCAGAGCCAGUGCUCCUCAUUCCAGGACCACUGGCCAGAGGCAGGGACUCAGCCGCCUCGGGACUCGAAUGUUAUGCAACGUAACCCUUUGAUCUUGGCUCCUGUAUUUUUGGAUUCAGGAUCUUAGGCUAAAAACAGAUUUAAGUUGGAUUUCAAAUAUGUAAAUGUUUUGUGUUGUAUAAAUUAGUUAAUAUUUUAAAUGUGUCUCAAUCAUGGGGCAUGAAGUUUCAGAGAAAAAAAGUUUUCCAGAAGAGAAAUAAUAGCUUAUGUUAAGUAAGUGGAUUGUCGAACUGAUGCCUUUUCGCUGAAUGGUCACUACUCAGGGUGAGAAGUUCGGACCGUUCGCUGGAGAGAAGAGAAUGCCGGAGGACCUGGACGAGAGCAUGGACUACAGGCUGAUGUGGGAGGUUCGUGGGCGCCAGGGGGAGGUCCUGUACAUUUUGGACGCCACUAACCCGCGACACUCCAACUGGCUUCGCUUCGUCCACGAGGCGCCGUCGCAGGAGCAGAAGAACCUGGCCGCCAUUCAGGAAGGAGAAAAUAUUUUCUAUCUGGCGAUUGAAGACAUAGAAACAGACACGGAGCUGCUGAUCGGCUACCUGGACAGCGACAUGGAGGCCGAGGAGGAGGAGCCGCAGGUCCUGCCGGUGACCCGGGGCGGGGAAGGCCGCCGCGGGCCAGGGGAGUCGCCGCCCGGCGGGACAGACUGCCUUGGCUGUGACGAGGACCACGCCUGUCCCCAGUGCGAGUCCAGCUUUACCAGCGAGGAGGUCCUGGCCGAGCACCUUCACACGCUGCACCAGGCGCCCACCGAGGAGGAGGAGUCCAAGUGCGGGAGCUGCGGGAAGGAGUUCCCCGUGCGGCAGGCCCUGCGGCGACAUGUCCUGCAGUGCCCGGCCAAGAGCAGCCUGAAGGAUUCCCCCCGAAGUUUCCAGUGCUCCACCUGUCACUCCCCCUUCGGCUCGGCGUCCAGCUGUGAGCGGCACCAGGAGACUUGCCGGAGCAAAGCCAGGUUCGUGUGCAAGGCCGGCAGCUGUGGGAAGAGACUGAAGAGCCGGGAUGCCCUGAGAAGACACCAGGAAAACGUCCACGGCGGAGAUCCUAAGAAAAAGCUCAUAUGUUCAGUGUGCAAUAAAAAGUGUUCUUCAGCGUCCAGCCUACAGGAACACAGAAAGAUUCAUGAGAUAUUUGAUUGCCAAGAAUGUAUGAAGAAAUUUAUUUCAGCAAAUCAGCUAAAACGUCACAUGAUCACCCACUCAGAGAAACGACCCUAUAAUUGUGAGAUUUGUAAUAAAUCUUUCAAGAGGCUCGACCAGGUGGGCGCCCACAAGGUGAUCCACAGCGAGGACAAGCCGUACGAGUGCAAGCUCUGCGGGAAGGGCUUCGCCCACCGGAACGUGUACAAGAACCACAAGAAGACCCACUCGGAGGAGAGGCCGUUCCAGUGCGAGGAGUGCAAGGCCCUGUUCCGGACCCCCUUCUCCCUGCACAGACACCUGCUCAUUCACAACAGCGAGAGGACCUUCAAGUGCCAUCACUGUGACGCGACCUUUAAAAGGAAGGAUACCUUAAACGUUCACGUCCAGGUGGUCCACGAAAGACACAAGAAGUACAGGUGCGAGCUGUGCAACAAGGCGUUCGUGACCCCCUCGGUGCUCCGGAGCCAUAAGAAAACACACACAGGCGAGAAGGAGAAGACCUGCCCGUACUGUGGCCAGAAGUUCGCCAGCAGCGGGACGCUCAGGGUCCACAUCCGCAGCCACACGGGCGAGCGCCCCUACCAGUGCCCUUACUGUGAGAAAGGCUUCAGCAAGAAUGACGGGCUGAAGGUGCACAUUCGGACUCACACGCGGGAGAAGCCGUACAAGUGCUCGGAGUGCAGCAAGGCCUUCAGCCAGAAGCGGGGCCUGGACGAGCACCGGCGGACGCACACCGGGGAGAAGCCGUUCCAGUGCGACGUGUGUGACUUGGCCUUCAGCCUGAAGAAGAUGCUCAUCCGACACAAGAUGACUCACAAUCCCAACCGUCCGCUGGCAGAGUGCCAGUUCUGCCACAAGAAGUUCACCCGGAACGACUACCUCAAAGUGCACAUGGACAACAUCCACGGCGAGGCCGACAGCUGACGGCGCGGGCGCCUCGGGACGGCCCGCGGGGCCCCGGCUGCCGCCCGGUGAGCGGCGCAGAGCCGCCCUCAGCCGCCGGCCUCCCGGCCUUCGUUGCCAGCCUUUAGGGUCCGUAGACACAUAUGCAAAAAGAAAAAAUUCUCCUUUUAUCAAGAAAUGUACACAUGGAAAAAUAACUUUGUAGCUUUACAGUAUACGGCUUGUGCUCUGUUCUUAUAAAACGGAAAAAGAGUCCUGGCUGUCCUUGGCCGUGUCUCUACUGAGGUUUAGCAGCACCCUCCCUAUCAGGCCUUUUCAUCUUAGUUAUUUCUGUGUGCGUGCGCGCAUGCGUGCGUGUGUGUGUGGUUGCGCACGGGCUCGGUAUUGCAACUGGUCAUUACUAAUGCAGCCGUAAAGAAAUGAAGAUUUCCCAGACACGUCACUGCAGAUACGGGCAGGAGUUUCUAGUGUCUCAAGCAUGACGACCGGAUGAAACGCUGUUACCAGGUUUUGUGAAACAGACCAAAAGUUGAUCUUACUUAACAUCUCCCUACACCAGGUUGGUUUAAAGUAAAGAGCCAUUUAAGAACUAAAACAUCUACUGAGAUGUUGCUCGUUUUCAGCAAUUCUUAGGAAACGUGACUGGCUCUCGUCACUCAGAUGCGGACACUCACGGCCUGGAAUACCUUGAAAAGCCUUCACAGAAGUGACCCUAACAGUUACAUAGUCACCAGGCUGGGCCUCCUGAGCUCCUACUAGUUCUCUCUAGAAAUGAACAACACACAAACUCAUACAGCUGAAAAGGGAAGCAGGACAGGCCGUCCGUGUCGGGCCGGACAGCAGCAGCCCUGAGUGACGUGGGGGUGUUAGUGACGGUGACCCGGCCCUCGCCUCUCGCUCCACAGUACAGGACACGUUCAGAGGCCGGUCCUCAGAGCAGUUACAUUCUGUUUUGAAAAAGACAUUUUGCAGAAUCUUGGCAGUAGCCGUUCUCAAACACUUUUGAAUUACCCUCAAUUUUCCUGUGUUACUAGGAAUCAGAAUAAAAAAAUAACAAACCUGCUGAUUGAUGGGAUUGAAAUGAUCACUGAUGGUUAAGGGGAAUGAAGCGGGAAGCUUUGUUUCUUGUUUUAGGUUACGUUUCAGUGAAAUAUUUAAGAGCAGCCUGGAAUGAACAGCUUGUUGUGGGAGAAGACACGAGGACACACGGUAGUGGUAUCAAGUGGCACGUAGAGGAACCCAAAGCCAGAGGAAAAUGGACGCGAAGCCCAAAUUCUGAACCGUUUUGCGUGGAGCCCACUCCACAGGGAGGAAGUGUGAUGCUGGCGGGUAACCGGUUCUGAUGCUUUAGGGAGAAAGGUUAUUUGAAGACAAUGCUUUGAAAUCAGGAGUCCUGUUUUAGAGUUCUAUUCAUGCUCAGUUCCAGUUUUGAAAAACAGAUUCAAUAUAGAUAUUUAAGCUCUGUAAAAAUACUAAAUUUGGAACUCACCAGAGAUAACUUUAAGAAAAUGUAAAUUCCCAGAUUAUAAUUUAGGAGAUGUCUCAGUGUGCCUCUGUAGCACUUUGUAUCUGAAAUUAUAGACUAUUGUAUAAGAA